UUUGGAUGUGGACGGACAUGGGAGCGUCUCCUCUGGAGGACUUCAAGGUGUGCCAGCCUCACUCCAGACCCUGGCAGGUGUAUCUGCACGGGGGAGGAGUGUCCUGCAGCGGAGCGCUCAUCGACCCGUGGUGGAUCGUAACCUCUUUUGAAUGUACACCCAAAUCCUACAGGACCGUAGCCUCUCUUGGGGAGCACGAUGUGACGGUGGACGAGGGCACCGAGCAGCACAUCUACGUUGCUGAUGUGAUCCGUCACAGUCCGUACCGCUCGCCCCUGCACAGCCUCACCAUGGUCCGCCUGGCUGAGCCCGCCCUCCUCACCCAGGACGUGCAGCCCGUCCCUCUGCCUGCCCGCUGCCCCCGGCCCGGAGAGACCUGCCAGGUCAGCGGCUGGGGGUCCACCGUCCCAAAUCAAUAUGAGCCAGCUCAACACCUGAAGUGUAUAACUGUGCCUGUUGUGGAUGACCAGACGUGCAUGAACACGUUCCCAGAGUUCCUGUUCUGGAGCCUCGGCAUGGUUUGCGCUGGACGAGCAAACACAGACAACUGCAUGUGGGACAGAGGCAGUGUGAUGGUGUGUGAUGGCCGGCUGCAGGGGGUUCAGUGGUUCAGUCACGGCUGCAGUAACCAUGACGACCCCAGCGUCUACACUAAGCUGUGCCUGUACAACGACUGGAUCAACGAUGUGAUGGACCGCUACGAGCCCACUCUGCCCGAAACCACUCCAGGGAUGACGACUGCAGAGGGACAAUAAUUCAUUCAUUCAUUCAUUUUGUUCCACUCAUGGUACAUAUUCCACCAAACAUUGAGCAGUUUAUAAAGCCCAUGAUGGAAAGGAGCAGGGAGAAGAAAGUCUUGAUUACUCAAAACUAGCUGGUCUGUCAUCACUGCUGCCAGGUGCAGUAACAAAAAAAAACGAUUUCCCAUCAGCAAAAUAAAUGACCUGUCAUCUUCAUACUAUCUGUUGUUUAUCUAUACAUUUGCUUUAAAUCAUUUGGUAAAAAAUUCCAAUUUCUUACCUACGCUACAGAUUUACACUUCUGUUUUAACAUAGUGUGUGCAAACGGAUGCCUAAAGUUACAUUUCCUUCUAUGUCAUUGUCUUGUAAUUCUACGUUUUUUGCUCUACACAAUAAAUAAAGUCUGUCA